UUUAUUUGUUUGUUGUUUCUUGGAGCUGACGUGUAAAGAGAGUUUCUGGUUUUAUUUUAAUGUAGCUGUUGAGUUCGUUGGACGGAACUGAAGACGGGUUUGAGUUUGAGUUCGGACACAUUUUCCGGCGACAGCAGCUGAUCCAUGUGAGAGUGAUGCGUCGGCUGUACGUUGGCGGUUUGAGCCAGUCGGUCACCCAGAAGGAUCUGAAGGAUCGGUUUGGGAAGUUUGGGGACGUGGACGAGGUGGAGCUGAGGACCAAACGGGAUGAGCAGGGAACACCAUAUAAAACCUUCGCCUACAUAAACAUCAACAUUUCGGAUGCUGAGCUGAAGAAAUGUUUGACGGUUCUGAACAAAUCCAAAUGGAAAGGAGGAACGCUGCAGAUUGAAACAGCUAAAGAGAGUUUCCUGCACAGACUGGCUCAGGAGCGCCAGGCGGGUUUGGAGAAGCACCAACAGCAGCAUGCUGGCCUGGACAUGAAACAGAAGCUGUUAGAUUCUCUGAGCCGGGCCGGCGUGGAGAACUUUACCAUGAAGGCUGCGGUACCAGGCACUGAAGUUCCAGGUCACAAGGACUGGGUCGUGAGUAAAUUUGGACGAGUUCUCCCUGUUCUGCAGCUCCGCUGCCAAAAAGGAAACAGAGUCAAAACCAUGAAGUAUGACCCAUCCAAAUACAGCCACAACAUCCGAAAGCUGGACCUAUGCACAGCCGAGGGGCCCGCAUCCAUCAGCCAGCUCACCUGGGAGAUCAAAGGAGGGGAUGAUGACAUCAGCAAGAAGAGACGGGGAGAGUUUUCUCCAUAUGAGUCGUCGCAACCCAAAAAGAGCCGGGCCCAAAGGGUCUACUCCCACAUUGCUGUGGGCAGGCCCAGACUGGACUUCACUGGCGGCUCGGCUCAUCAGUUCAUCAAAAAAAUCAACCUACCAACUAGUCAGACACAGACUCAAAGGUCAUGGACACACUUAAGUGGCAGUGAAGUGGAUUCGGAGGAUGAAAUCCACACGCUGCUGGCGGCUCAGCAGAGUCCUGAUGGUGCCCUGAGAAGAGAAGUGGACCAGGAUGAUGUGGAAGUGGUCACGCAGGACUAUUUGGAGAAGUCCAGGCAUAAAGGUGAGGACACUGAGGAUGACGAUGAUUCUGCAGACACAGGCGAGCUCUUCGCGUUCCAGAGAUCUACACGCCAGGAGAAAACGUCUCCUGUCACACAGAAACCCUCAAAAAAGAAGAAGAAGAAGAAAAGCAGGAAUGCUGGAAAGCAGGAGGAGACGUGUAGUUCAGCAGAUGAUGAAGGUAGACACCUCAUCUCCAGAAAUCCUCCAUCUCCAGAGCACAAAGGGAAUUCUGUGAGACGCAGACCCUGGAAGCAAGGAAGCAGCUCUGAGCAGGAAACUAACCAGGCAAAGGAACCAUCUUCUAAUUCUGAUGGUGAUGAUGAAGAGGAUUCGGACUCUGAGUAUGAAGCCAUGUUCUCCAACGUCACCCGGCUGGAAAUCUCUCUGACUGACCUGCAGAAGGUGGCUGAAAGUUCCCAACAGGCCUCAGAAGCUUCAGCUGCAGGCGUUCCCGACUCCUGCCGUGAAAAAGAAACCAACAUCACGUCUGCAACUGUGAAGACACCAACUGCCAAAAAGGGCACCACGCCUGAGGAGAUCCUGGCCACCAUCAUGAAGGAGGACAGGUGGGAGAGGGAAGAGAAAAGGAAACAUGUCACAUGGAUUCCAGCCUUUAGUGGGACCAGAGCGCUGAGGGAGGGAGCAGAGAAAGAAGAGAAACCCUCAGAGAGCCACCGGGAAGAGGAUGAUGGGAACGAGACAUUUCUCUUAAAUUCUAAGAACUGUGAGAGUGAGUCCUCCUCCAGCACGGAGGAGCGGGAGAGGAGGACGGAACCAGUUCGUCCUGUAGCCAAAGCCUCCACCGAGUCUUCCUCUUCAUCCUCCAGCUGCUCCUCUGAGGAAGACCAGGACCACGUUAUCUCUGCUGCGAAAGCUCACUGCAGCGGAGCUCCUCACAGCGAGGAGCAGGAGGAGGAGGAGGAGGCUGGUGUCUGGGUGCUGUUAGGAGGGGAGGAGGCGCGACAGAGGAGAGCCAACCUGAGGAGGUUAGCUGCUGUCCAGCAGAAACAGAACCAAGCAGAACAACACCGAAAACUCAUCCAGGAAGCUCUGGCAAACUUGGAUAAUCCAGCAGCACAAACCGGAAAACGCAUUGUCUUCGGCUCUGACGAUGAGGAGCUACAGUCUGUGUCCAACGCUGGAGCUCCGAAGACGACUCUGUUCAAGGACGACGACUCGGAGGUCGACGACAUGCCGGCAACCAAUCAGACAGCUGGAAUUAAAGAGCGGGAGUCGGGCCCUCAGUUGUUUAGCAGCAGUGAGGAUGAGGACGGUGGUGAUGAAGAUCGCAGCAGGUUCGAUAUCAAACCCCAGUUUGAAGGCCGAGCAGGACAGAUGCUGAUGGCGCUGCAGUCACGCUUUGGGACAGACGAGCGUUUCCGGAUGGACUCUCGCUUCCUGGAGGAGGACGAGGCAGAUGCGGACGAGGACUCGGAGGAGAAGCAGUCUGUGAGGGAGGGAGACGACACCCUGAAGGAGGAGAGAAGGAGGAACCUCUCCAUCCUGCAGAGCAUCCUCAGUGACGGCCAGCCAACCUGCAGCAAGACAACUGUCAAGACCAAGACCUUCAGGGACAUAUCGGCGCUGCACUAUGACCCCAGCAGACAGGAACAUGCUGCGUUUGAGACCAAAGCAGACGAGACCAGCAGUAAGAGUAAGGCAGCCAGGAGAAAGAAGCGAGGGGAGGCCCAGAAGCUUCCAGAGGUUUCUAAGGAGAUCUUCUAUGAUGUGUUGGUCAACCUCAAGGCGGUUUUUGGCCCAACAAAAGAGUCUGUCAUCACUGACGGACAAAAGACCAGCUGGGACCAACAAGAUGGAGGAAGAGAGCAGGAUGAAGAGUUUCUGUCAGCUGACCCUAGUGAAGCCAAGCAGGACUGCUCCGGUUUUAAAUUCUCCUUCUUUGGAGAAGACACUCAAACGGGCAGCAGAGAGGCAGCUGAGUACCACGUAGAGACCAUCCAGAGGUCUGUGCUGUCAUGGCAACAAGAGCCACAUCUGCACGACAGCAGCUCAACAGAAGAGGAGGAAGUUCAGGAGCAGACCGCCACUGUAGCUGCUGGAAGCACAGAACAGGAAGUGACAUCAGCAAAAGAACUCUUCUUCUUCUACCCCAAAGACCACCGAUUGACAGAGGGUCCAAAGUUGUUCUGUCGUUCGUCGCAAUUGGAGGAGCAUCAGGAGCAGUGGGAGGAAACGAGGCACGUCCUCAGACAGGAGUAUCGCAAAAAACACAAGGACGCCCGGAGGAAAUUAAAGUCCUCCCAUAGGAGCUGAGCAUUCUGGGAAAUGCAGACUUUCUGUUUCAGUUUGGACUCUGGAUCAGGAGCAGCGGAACCUGUCUGAUGGGUUUUUGGGGUCAAUCCAGGUCUCUGAUGUUCCUCCGGAUGCUGGACCUGAUCCACUGUGCUGGUUUUGUAAGAAUGUCAUCAAAAGGUGUCAGACACAAAACAAAGCAGCUGAUUUUGACAGCGAUAAAUAAAAAGUAUUUUGUUGA